AUGACGCGCCGCAAGCGCACCCCCCCUCCAUCCCCGCGUCCCUCUCGCGCCUUCCAGAUCCCCGCCUCGCUGCAGCAGCUCAGCGCCCUCAGCGCCAGCCUGGCACGCCGCGCCGAACCAUCGGGUGAACAGCGGAAUAGCGAAGUGGUGCGGCAGGCGCAGGCGCUCACGGGCGGAGAGCCCUCGCGGGAUAAGGGCCAUAGUCAGCAGGGCCAGGAGAGUCGCAGGCAGACACCGAAGAACAGGGGCCUGCGUUGGAAGUUCGAGCAGCAAGGGUUUCCCGAGGACCAGAAAUGGUUGCCGUCCAGUCAGAAUGCGAGAAGUGCAGGGCACGCGACGUUUUUGCAGAGACGGGCUUUGGAGGCGCAGGCUGGGACGGGCAGUAAUGGUGCUGGUGGCAGGGUGGAGGCUGUGAAUGCCGCGACUGGUGCGGGCUCUACCGGGGACUCAGUGGGCGUGUCGGGAUCCAACCCUCAGGCGAUGUCAACGUUGAAGGUGCGGCUGGAUGGAAGGAUGACUGUGAAUCCAGAAAAAGCCGUGAGGGGCGUCAUAGGUGUUGGUGUUGGGGGCAGCGGUAGUGGGGACAGCGAGCCUGGACCUUCGAAGAAGAGGAAGAUCGAGUUCGUUGAGCUUCAGCGACGGAAUUUCUCAGACACUCAGUCUCGGGUCAGGCCAACUCCUACCAAGCCCGCAUCGAAGGUGUAUGACAAGGAAGUCGAGGCGAGGCGGCAGAUGAUUAUGGCACGAUUACGGGAGCAAGGGAGCCCAGCAGUAGGAGAGGAGCAAAGGCCACGUUCGGCGACAGGGCUAAACAUGAUUGAUCCUGCGUUGGGUGGGCAGCCGAGACGGAGCCCUGAUGAUGGGAGCCAACAUAACGCGCUCAGCCUCAGCAGCGAUCAGGCACGGAUUGCGGCCUUGAUUGCAGAAAAGCGGAGAAUAAAUGAAGCGAGUGGGCAAAUGCAACGCCUACUCGAGCUGAGGAAGGAGCACCAGCGAAAGCUGGGAGACGGAGCAAGCAAUGGUACGAUGGCGCCGAAUGCUUCCUCGCCAGCUGGAAUCGUACAACAGAGUGGUGGGCCGGUUUUGGCGCCGCGGUUCUCAUUUUCCCAUGUACCGCCCAGACCGGCGGCACUGCCACCGCUCCCGCCGUUCCCAGGAUCAGUGGACGUGCUUGGACGUGCACAAGACCCGGGAGAAUCGGACGAGGAUGCGCCUGGUGAGGAGGAUACACCAGUGGAGAGGCAGCCCGCGCCCGAUCACAUGUCAACCUUGAACACGGAUCCAGGAGACCUACGCGCCUUGUUCUCUACACCGAUCUUGUCUCCACGGCCGCCGCUGCUGGGUAGGAACCCCGGAGACGAUGCUUAUCGGGAACGGCAUGCGGUCGAAGAAGGCGUCGAGCCUGAGUCGCCUUCAGCACAGCUGCUUAUGGCGCUGGCUAAUGCGACGCCGCCACCGCAGGGUUUCUAUACACCGAUCAUUAGCGGUGCGUCCGCCCACCGCGCUCCGUAA